GGGAUAGGGGCGGGGUUGCACAUGCGCAGUUUCACACUUUCAAGAUGGCGCUUGUCGGAGCGCUGAGCCUGUUGGAUCUGCCGUCUGACCCGCUGCUGGUUAUUCUGUCCUACCUGGACUUCCGAGACCUGGUCAGUUGCAGCCUUGUCAACCGAAGGUUACAGCAGCUUUCCAACCAUGACCUUCUGUGGAAGCGGCCCUGCCAGAUAUAUUGGCUGGUGUCAGAGAGCAAGAUACCCCACAAAACUCAGACCUGGAAAGAGACCUUCAUAACGUACUAUAAGGACUUGGGCCGGUAUAUUGAGCACUAUGCCAAGCUGAAGAAAGCAUGGGAUUCUUUAAAGCAGUAUCUGGCCGAGCGCUGUCCCAAGAUGAUCAGUUCCCUUAAAGCUGGUGUCCAGGAGAAAGAUCUAAACGCAGUGGAAGAAAAAAUCGGCUGCAAACUCCCCGACGAUUAUCGCUGUUCCCUGCGCAUUCACAAUGGCCAGAAGUUGGUGGUGCCAGGGCUGAUGGGCAGCAUGGCUUUACCCAACCACUAUCGCUCCGAGGAUUUCCUGGAUAUAGACACAGCAGCAGGUGGCUUCCAGCGCCGGAUGGGUCUGAAUCAGUGCCUGCCCAUCACCUUCUGUAUACACACAGGGAUCAGUCAGUAUUUGGCGUUGGCUGACACUGACGGAAGACGCCGCAAUGAGAUCUUUUAUCAGUGCCCAGAUCAGAUUGCACACAAUCCUGCUGCCAUUGACAUGUUCAUUACAGCUACCUCGUUCUUCCAGUGGUUUACCUCCUACGUACAGCACGUCGUCUCAGGUGACUAUCCUAUCAUCUGGGACCAGAUAUUCAGGUAUGAACAUGACAAGGCGUGCGUGGCAACUACUGAUGACAUCACUGUGUCCGUCUCAACAUCAUUCGUGCCCGAACUGAGCUCGAUACACCCCCCGCAUUACUUCUUCACUUACAGGAUCAGACUUGAGAUGUCCAAAGAUGCCUACCCUGAGAAAGCAUGCCAGCUAGACAGCAGGUACUGGAGAAUAACCAACGCCAAGGAACAGGUGGAAGAGGUGCAAGGGCCUGGGGUUGUAGGAGAUUACCCCCAGCUGCGGCCGGGCCGGGUGUACGAGUACACGAGCUGCACCACUUUCUCCACAUCCUCUGGCUACAUGGAAGGAUAUUACACAUUCCACCGCCUGGACAAGAAACAGGAGACCUUCAACGUCGUCAUCCCCAGGUUCCACAUGAAGUGUCUAACAUUCCGUGCGUCCACUAUUUCCACAGAGGAGAGCUGUAACGACUGUUUCUUUCACGAUGAUGAUUCCACCGACACCGAUGAUUACGAGGAGAGACGCCGGUUCCUGGAUAUGCCAAAUGCGCCCGUUCACUGCCCCCGAUUCAGCUGAACAAUCUGCUCUUACCUGCCAGGCUCUGAACACUAAAGGGUUAAAUCCACAUGUUCAUUGCUUGAGAUUGCACUUUUUUUUUUUUUUUUUUUUUUUUAAAUACUGAACAAAAGCAGGGAGGUGAAACCCCUCAGUCAGCCAUUGGGCUGGCAUUCUUGUAGGACAUGCAGGCAAUAUAUUGUGGGAGGGGGGCACCGAUUGCUUUUACCCCCAGCUGUGAGUGCUUUGGGAAUUGUGCUGAUGUGGCUGGAAGGGAGCGGCAAAGCAACCACAUAUAUGGCGGUGUAUCAGCUUGCUCCGCAUUCUGUAAUGGCAGCUUGUGUGGGGGUGCUGUGGUGAUGAGUGAAUAUCUGAAAAGCCUCAGAUUAAAGGAGAAAUAAACCUUUAUAAUAAGUGAACGUAUCAUUGAUCAGAAUGUUAUUCUUUAUUUUUUUUUUUUUUUAUUCCAAGAAAUUAAGGGAUAAAGUACAGUUAAUAUGUAGCAUUUUGUUACAACAGCGCCACCUGCUGGUCACUUUCUGAACAUGAAGUAGCUGAGGGAGUUGUCAGGAGAAAGAAAGAGGGCUGAUCUGAUGCUCUUCUGGUUAGGGAAACAUUAGAAACCCUUAGAUAGCUUUUCUCACAAAAUUAUGAAUGUAAAUUGCAAAAGUGCUUAGAAUAGCCCUCUCAUCAAUUUGACACUUAUUUUAAAGGUUUACUUAUGCUUUAAUGAUUAGUCUACAUGAAAUCCAUUAGAAAUGACUAUACUUUACUAUGAUUUGUAUGUGUCUUAUCUGCCAAUUAUACUGAUAUUUGUUCUGCUUAAUAUUAGAGAAGUGGAAACCCUAAAACUAAUUAUUUAAAGGGGAAGUUGUUGCUUUUUUUUUUUCAAUUCAUGUUUUGAAUAACUACCAUCUUUGGACGUUGUUACCCUAAACAGCUUAUUGACUCCUAUCUGCAGCAGCGGGUACAGCGACAUGCAAGGACAAAUAAACCAAGGCUGAGGAGUUUGAAAUAAAAAUGUGGGCUUUCUUUUGUGAUCCGGAGAAUGUA